AUAAUAAUCUCCGAAAUUUCAUUCGAUUAAUAGGAGGACGAAAAAAUCAAAUUUGAGAGAAGAGAGACUAAAAUGAAAGGAAGACAGGAAGAUAAGAAAACGAAUUGGGAUGAUAAGAGUACAUGCGUAAAAGAAAAGGAGGGAAUUGACCAUAAGAGUCGCUGGAUGGACAUCGUAUUUAAAUAGAAAGGAUUCUAAGCUCAAUGUUACGACUUCAUCAUAAGAUCUUCGAUUGAUCAAGUUGAUUUAUUUACUAAAGUUUCAUCAUCCUCAUUCUCAUUCUCAUUCUCAUCAUCUUCCCUCUCACCUUAACCUUCACCUUUAUUUUCAUUUUCAUCUUCACCUUCAUCUGAUCUUCUCUAUUCCAUCAUGUCUCAUCCCAAUAUUUUCCAUAAAAAGUUCAAUGCGAUUCCUUUUAUCCCUCAUUUAGCUAAGAAUGUGAAUCAUCAGCAUCACCAUCAAGUGAUAACUUGUGAGAUUCCAUUGGAUUUAACAUCUACUAAUUCACCAUUUACUAAUUCAUCGCCAUCAUCAACUCCACAAUCAGGCACUUCUUUCUCAUCUCCAUCAAAUUCAUCUCGAGAACCACCGACUCCCAGUCCACCGACUGAAGAAAUGGAGAUUUCUUCUGAUCCAAUUGCUCCAAUUGCUCCAUUCCAACCAAGCCAAUCGAUUGGUCGAUCCAAGACUCAAUCUCAAUCUCAAUCUCAAGAGUGUAAAUUUAAUGUUCAACGAGCCGAAUCAUCAUCUUCAUCCUCUUCAUCUUCAUCAUCAUCUAAUACUAAUACUCCAGACGGAAUACAACAACCGACAACACCAACAAAAGAAGGAGAAACAUCCCAAGAACAAGAUCAAUCGACAAACGAAGCUCCAUAUUCUACGGACGCUGAAGCAAUUGCAGAACGUAAUGCCUGUGAUUAUUCGAUUAAAAUCACCAUGGAAACAGCUAAAACUGGUAAAGCGCCGAGGAGAGUUCGUGUAUAUGCUGAUGGCAUUUUCGAUCUAUUCCAUUUGGGACAUGCUAAACAAUUGAAACAAGCCAAAAAUGGCUUCCCUGAUGUUUGGUUGAUUGUUGGUGUCAAUAAUGAUGAGAUGACCCACUCACUCAAAGGAAAAACUGUCAUGAAUGAAGAUGAACGUUACGAAGCGGUUAGAUUCUGUUGUUUUGUCGAUGAAGUUAUUCGAGAUGCCUGGGUUCUUACUGAGGAGUUUUUAGCCGAAAAUAAGAUUGAUUUUGUUGCUCAUGAUGAUAUUCCUUACACAACCGACGAUCAAGAUGAUGUUUAUUCUCUAAUCAAAGAGAAAGGGAUGUUCCUGACGACUAAUAGAACCGAAGGUGUUUCAACAAGCGAUUUAGUGGCAAGAAUUGUUAAGGAUUAUGAUAUUUAUGUUCGCCGUAAUUUAGCUAGAGGAUAUUCUGCAAAAGAUAUGAAUGUAUCCUUUAUAAAUGAGAAAAAGUUUCUCCUACAAAACAAAAUGGAAGAGCUUAAAGACAAAUUUGAGGAAAAGAAACAUGGAUUUCUUCAAAUAUGGGAAGAGAAGUCAAGAGAUUUUAUCGGCAAUUUCCUCGAUCUAUUUGGCCGUCAAGGUGCUUUAAAUAAAAGUGAAGGGCUUCAAAGGGCUUUACAUCUAAUUGAAUAAAAAGGUUUUCAGCAAU